GUCGAUAUACUUAUGUUUCAGUGAUGGAUGUGUGCGCACUUACUCCAUGCACACACGUACUGCACACAGUUAGGAAUGCACAAGGAGAGAAAGGCAGGCAGGAAGGCCAUCACACCACUCCAUCCAUCCAUCCAUCCACAGAGAGAAAGAGGAGAGGGAAAGACUCAGAUGAAAUAUACCCCUACACAGACAGACAGACACGCAAACAAAAAACACACCUCCCUGUCCACCAGUCAAAUGCACCACCAGCACCCGAUCGCCAGCCACCACCACUCACCCCACGAUGACGUCUCUCGAGACCGAAUCGCUGCAGCAGACGGCGGGCGGCACCAACCGACACGGGGUAGCGGUCAGCGAGUGGAUAAGAUCCAUCAGCCUCAGGUGCCUCGGUCGUCUACAGGUCGAUGCCGCCCGCCCCCAGCCAGAUAUCGGCAGCGAUCGUCUCUGUAUGCCGGAAGCCGCUCACAAUCACAAGGCGCCAGUCCGUCGCAUGAGCAGUAUUCAGAUUGCGCCCAUCCUCCCGCCAGUCGGCGACGAUGCCCUGAUCCUCUGUGAUGUUGUCGGUCCUCAGCAGACGGCGAUACCGAGCGUCGUCACAGCCGAUGUGUGCCCACAGCACCCUCCUGUGACCCACCCCCUCUCCAUCCGACCAGCAAAAGAGCAGACUUUGCAGCAGGAAUGCCGAGCAGGAGGGAUAAAGGCAGCCGCCGCAGCGGAUGACGGGAUUGGUCCGCUUGUAGCCCUCAGCAUAGGGAUGGCCGCCCGGCAGCUCACCCAGUGGCACCACACGAAACUACUCAUGGCCGAUCCGAUACUGUCCGUUGUUGUCGGCUGGGUGCAGCGCCAGGCUGGUCCCUGUGCAUGUGAGCUGCCGGCCGAUGAUCUUGUAGAUGGCCAGGGCGAGUGGCAGCUGAUGAAAGGCCGUUGCUGUGGAAAGUGUGUCAGCCGACAGACGGAGAGGCAGCGUCGCACCAGCAGGGGUCAGCCGAUGGAUGAAAGCCAGCCGAAGGAACCGCCCCAUCGCCCGCCACUCCUCGCCACUGCCCCGCUCCAGCACAUAGACCACCUUCAAGCCGGCCUCCACAUCAUCGCCAAUGUCGAAGGCCAAGACGUCCUCCAAGCCGAGACGCCUGAUGUCCUUGUUGAUGUGCCGCUGGACGGCGCUGAGCAGGGUGCUGCUGACGGUCUCCGCAGUGUGGCCCAGCAGCUCCUGUUGCCGAGUGCGGGUGACGAGCUGUGAGCGGAGAGCAUCUCGUUUGGCAUCGUCAAUCGACAUGGCCAUGGCGGCCAUCUUGCUGAUGGGCAAUGACAGGUCAAAGAGGUCGGCGGGCUGAAAGAGGACAGGGCUGGCGGGACGGGACGAGGGCGCUGCGCCGGUGGGCUGCAUCGUGGACUGUCUUGAGUCCUCAGUAGGC